AUGCCGCUCCCAAAACAAUUAAAAUUAUCGGAAGCGGCGGAACUCCAGAAAAAAGAUCGCAGAAAAGAAAGCCAAGAUGGCGACGACAUGGCAAACACAAUGAUUCCACUUCCUCUAAAUACACUGAUACAGCAAUCACAGAGCGCAGUCUCCACAAGAUGCUGCAAGAACUUCGAACUACAAUCAGAGCUGACUUCCACCGCAUUGACAGCAACCUGA